AUUCCACGUGUCUUGAUACUUUGCGGUAAAAUCAACGGCAAGUGCCUGCCUGUUGUGAGAAAGAAGAUAAGAUGCCUCCAGCACGUUCUACAUUCGCUCCUUCCGGAACAGAAUUUGUAGAAUGGAAUGAUAUCGAACAAAUCGAGCGGAAAGUUAUUAUCGGGGAUAUGAGUGCUUGGGAAAGAACUGCCAAAACUGUUGGGAAAAGGAAACGGUUUCAGUUUAGUCUUCUAAAGGAAAUUUUUCUUCCAUUUGGCUACCCAGCAAGUGUUAGUACAGACUAUAUGUCCUAUCAAAUUUGGGACAGCUUUCAAGCUUUAUUCAGCACCUUAAUGAUGGCCAUAUCAACUCAAAAAAUUUUAGUAGGUAUGGGUGUUGGAGAUGCCGCAGCGUCUGCACUCUCCGGAGCAAUAGCUUGGAUAUUAAGGGAUGGUAUAAGUAUGAUAUCGAAAAUCAUGUUCACCUGGUAUACUGGCACAAAUCUAGACGACUAUAACAAAACUUGGAGACUUGCUGCCGACAUUUUCAAUGACUUAUCUUUUAUUGUUGAUUAUUCCAUCAGUUUCUUUCCGGAUUUCAAAAUUUACAUUCUGUGUAUUUCUGGUAUUCUUAAGUCUAUUGUUGGAGUUUCAGGAGGAGCAACUAGAAUGGCAAUCACCCAGCAUCAAGCAAGAGAUAAUAAUAUCUCAGAUGUAUCCGCGAAGGAUGGGAGUCAGGAAACAUUGGUAAACUUGUUAGGCCUUAUACUUAGCCUAACCGUUCUACCAUUGUUGGGUAAUAAUGAACAAGUUACAAUGAUCAUAUUCAUUUCAUUAAUGCUUGCUCACUUGUACAGUAAUUGGAGAGCUGUAAAAGCAUUGAAUUAUGAAACGUUCAAUAUGAAUCGUUUACAUAUUGUUUGUCAACAACUUGUUCGAUCGAAUCAAAUACUAAGCAUUAAACAAGUCAACAAAAAAGAACCUUUAUUUGGAUUUGCUCCUAAUUAUAGAUAUUCAAUUAAGCUUGGUGUUCCCUUGAUAAAAUCUUUUGCUGUCGGUUGUGAAAGUUAUCUUCUUAAAUAUAGAAUUAGUUUUAAUAAUGGGGACAAAUCAAUCUAUGUUAGUCUUUCAAGUGACGCAAGCACUGAGGAUAUUCUUGAAGCUGCAAUUUCAGCUAGUAUUAUCAAUACUAUUAUAGACGCAGCUCUUCGAUGUAACAGAACGCCCGUGGAAGAGAUGGUAGAGGACAUAAAACUAAGAAGAGCUAUCGAAAUUUUAAACAGUUCAAAUAGAUGUGAAACAGAUAUAAUCUGUCUUGUCUUGGAAUUUAUGUCGAAAAAGAGAAUAAUGCUACUGGAUAGAUUAAAACACGCUGGAUAUGAUUUGACCGCAUUUCAUUUUUCGAUUGAUUCAUGGAGAUACAGUAAGCGGUAA